CCUGCCUUCCGUCGAAGCUCUAAGGUACCUCACCUCACACCUCACACAGUACGUACCCAGGUCCUGCUGCGCUGCGCUGAGGCACCCGCAAUCCUCGUCCUCAUCCUCGUCCUCAUCUUCACCCGCAACCUCGACCGUGACAUCAACCGAGACCUUGUCCGUUCACCUUUCCUCCUUCUGGUCUUCUUCUCCUUACCUACUACGUUCUGCAACCAACAUCACUCCAGCUUUUUCCAAACAACGCCAAACAAUCCAUCAUUCAAUACACAUGACUUGUUCAACUGUCCACUAUACGCCGGCCUGGUCAUCCUGACGUCCCACGUCCAACAUCCAACACGCAAUACGCUUACGGAUACCCGCCUUGAUUACCUUACUCAGGCAACCCAAGAGACAAUCGACAGCGGUGAUCCGAUCCAGCAACGCUGCUGCCUCUCGCCCAUCCGCCUCCGCCUCCGCCUCCCUCCUGCAUCGCGACCAAGACCAAGACCAAGCACGCAUACGGAUACAGAGCACUUCAAGGGCAAGGCACCGACCUGCUGCUCCGUGCCUCCCAGCCUCACAAAGCUCACACCCUAGGUUCCCGGAUCCAUCAAACCCACUCACCCACCCGAAAGGACCCUUCAUCGUUCACCACCGAGUCCCACUGCGCUGCACAGCACUGCGCACAGAGACGAGGCACAAGUUUACACCCAGUCUGCGGGCACGGAUACGUACCUCGCCGCCAGCUUCUGGACCCCCGGACCUUUCGAGGUUGACCCUGUGCUACCUACUACCACCACGACGCCGCUACCACCUACCAAGUACCAAUCUGCACCUUGCCUGGACCUGGUCCCGUCAGUCUUCUCGCCUCACCUCACCUCAUCUCACCUCCAACCGCCAAAUCAACCGACUGCUGUUGCUUGCCUCCUUCUUUCUCUCCCACAUCACCUCUCGACUUCUCCCACGUCCACAACACUUCGACCAUCAUCUGCAUCGCCAUCCUCUCGUCUCCGAUUUAACGCGUCCCCAUAAGCGUCCCUGCAAUUACCGAGUCUCAAUGUCCCAGUCCUGACGCUUAUUAUUCGCUUUGCGCAGCUGGGACGCCCCGCCUUAAUCCGCCUCGCCGUUAACUCCAGCGCCUCUCGACCUUAAACCGCCGACCCUUCCGUUUCGGUACUCUGUCGAAAUCCAGUCGCUCGUUACACGCAAUGUACCUCAAAAUGCGAAUACCACUCGACUUCUCCGCCGGUUUCCAGACCGGCUACCCUGCGACAUUGCAACGUCGUGAAGAAAUCGACGGCAGGAAAAUUACCACAAUUGUCAUCCUCGCUGUACUGGUUCUCCUCAUCUUUAUCGCCUUUGUCGUCUUUUCCCUCCGCGCAUCUCGGCGCUCUACCCGCGGCAACAACAAGAAACCUAGCGGCGGCGGCUUUUUCAAAUCAAUAUUGAAAAAUGGUGGCAGAAAUAGAUACCGCCAGGCUCAGGAUGAAGACUCCACCUCUACCGAGCGACUGACCGACCGCCGUCGAUCCCGCCCCUCUUCUGUCGCAUUCGAUGCCUCGGCCGAUCAGUCGCAGGCCGAUGCCCGGUCUCCCAAUAGCGCUGUCAACCGCAAUACUUCGAUUCGUUCGAUUAUGACGCUGCCUGCUUACCGACCUGAUCCGAACGAAACUGAGCAAGUUCUGGGUCGCGAAGGUGAACGCGGUGGUGUUGAUGUGGUUAUCGAAUAUCCCACGGAAGAGACAGAGGAGGAUCUGCGUGAUCAGGAGAUGGAGGCUCUUUACCAGAUUCGCCUGGCCCGCCGUCAAGAGCUUGCUGAGCGGGAGGAGCGGAGGGUGGAGCGCCGGGAAGCUCGGGAACGUGGCGACUUUGUAGCUCUGGACAACAUCCGAUCCAGAGCUCGGGCUGCCAGCAAUAACAGCGUCGUCGCUGUGCUCCGAGAAGAACAUGAACGCCUGAAGAAUGAACGUCAGAGAGCUGUUUCCAGUGUUUCCUACGCCGACCUCGGUGUUGCUCGUCACGAUGGUACACGACUUCGCGCCAACAGCAAUGAGAGUGAGAGGAUGGGGCUGCUGUCAGACUCCGCCAGUAUUGCGGCCACCUCAAUCCGAUCUGGCGCCGGAUCAGCCAUGAACCACAGGAGAGGCAGCUCUGUAAUGAGCAUCGAAAGCGACCUACCUUCGCCAGGAUUCGCUUCCAGAUCUCGGGCGAAUUCUCGACCAGAUACCCCCCGCCUAGAUACCCGAGCAGGGUCUAGCCCGGACGUUGAAGCUGACGUAGGAGACGCUGGCAUGCCCAUCUACUCUCCACCUGGAUACGACGAAGUCUCGCUGGAUGACGAGCGGUCCAGGAGCAAUACCCCUCAACCUGGCACUGAGCCUCCACCGACGUACCCCGGCCCUGCCCAGCAACGAGCGGAGAGCAUUGCCUCGAGCAUGGCCGACUUGGCUGCAGAUGAGCAGACUACAAACAACUCCGCAGACUCGCGCCGGAGCUCAAGGGUACCACGACUACCUAGUUUACGAUUGCAGCAAGUGCCGCAAAUUGUGAUAGAACCUUCCAGUGCCAGGCCUCACGACGAUAGGUGACGGCCUGAGCGGGGAUCGCGCGAACGAUAUUCAAUCUGAUGAUUACGGCUGAAGGCAAUGAGCUUGUUGCAAACGAAUGAACGCCUGGAGACUAUCUUGUUGGUAUAUACGAGGUCUUGAAGGGUGAAAACACAUCCAGGUUGGACGGGGCGCUUGCCCUCCUGAGGCAAGGUCUUGAAUCUUGUUUGUAUAAUAGUCUUCCGGCAUACCGGAUACCGGCGUUUGGCGAACCUCGUUCCGGAUUGAACGAGUGCAAAGGAUACCAAAGCGAUUUUUAGAGAAGUUGCUGUGCCAUGUACAGUUGUAGCCUACGCGCUCAACGUAGGAAUGGCUUGUCAUUUUUUCGUCCAUAAGAGAACACAAUCUUGAUUGAUGAUCUUGCGGUAAUUGGUUGUGUCUUCUGUCACGGCUGGAGCAGUGACAGAGUGUGCCCGAAUGCCUUAGAUGUUGAGUGUAGGUAGAUAGGCUCACUACGGCAGAUGAAAGGGCGAG